UAUCAAACAAAUGGAUUGAAUCCAGAAUCUUCUUUCUCAUCUCCUUCUUUUCUCUUCUCACCUAAGCUCUGAAUCUCUAUCGAGAUUCCAAAUCUAUUUCUACAUUUCUCCCCUUUAACUUCUUCUUGAUAGAUCCGUAUCUAUCAUCCUCUCCAUUCAUUUGAGGCGGCGUCUGCUCCUCCUCUCCAAUCUUCCGAGGCUGCGGCGGCGAGUGGUCUAUAAACAAGAGUGAAAUGUCUCCAAGUUCCCGACUCGAUCGAUCUCCAAAACAAUUACUAAAAUCCAAAGGAGGAGGAGAUAUUUCUUCACUAAACAAUGGUGAAAACAGUAGUUGGUGAAGAUACUAGGCUCACUUCUGCUGAGGAUCGUCUCUCUCAGUCAGCUAUUCCUGCUGAGUACGUAUCAGAAUUGUAGAAGAAGAAGAUGGGUCGAUGCAAAGAGGAUAUUCCAGCGGUUAGGGUUUAUACAGUCUGCGACGAAUCAAGAUACUUGGUAGUACGUAAUGUGCCAGCUUUGGGUUGUGGUGAGGAUCUCAUGAGGUUAUUCACUACUUACGGAGAGGUUGAAGAGUGUAAACCUAUGGAUGCAGAAGACUGUGAGGACUUUACAGAUGUCUACUGGAUCAAAUUUCGUCUCAUCACUAAUUCCAGAUUUGCAAAGAGGAAGUUGGAUGGAUCAGUUUUCUUGGGAAAUCGGCUCCAGAUUUCAUAUGCUCCCGAAUUCGAGAGCCUCACUGACACAAAGGAGAAGCUAGAAACCAGGAGGAAAGAAGUGCUUGCAAGACUUAACCCCCAAAAAGCCAAGAGCACCUCCCAAGUUACAAAAUUGGCUGGACCGGCUUUAUCUCAAAUGGAUAAUUUUUCUUCACAAAGGCAAAGAGAGAUGGAGUACCAAUUCCAUAGAAGAAACGCUCCUAUUUCUCGAGUUUCAUCUGACCAGGAGUAUUUUGCGUCGUCUUCAAUGAAUCAAACAGUGCACACUGUCAGAGAGAAACUCAAUAAGAUUCAAGAAAGUGGUAACCAAAAGAGGUUACAACCGAGCAGCCAGCAUCUACAGACAGAACCUGACUUCAAGAGAACCCGAGUUGAUAAUCGCAGAAGAAUCUAAACUCCACUUAAGAAUGCUCAGCUAAUCCUUUAUAAUCUUGUGUAACUUAGUCUUAUUAGUGUUCCUGCAUGAUAUUUUUUGUGAAUAUCUAAAUUUCUUGCAGGAUGACAUCCUUUUUCUUUUUCUUUUUUUGCAAUUCAAUUUCAGUUACUUAAUUUCUUGUGUCGCCUGUAUACAAAAAGAAAACCAUCUAACCAAAAUUGCAACUA